CAAUUAAGUGGUGAAUGGCGUUUCGCAGGCACUCCCAUUUGAUAAUUUAGUAAUUUACCAAAUAAAUCUGCUUUUGUGCUUCUACAUUGUAAUAUAAUGAAUAUUACAUCGAAUUGAUAUAUUGUGCCUAAAUUAUGAACAGUCUUGCAUAGUGUGAGAUUGCUGUUUAUCCAUUGAAGAAUGUCUACGAUGUCGAGGUCUGUCCACAUCAGCCAGCAGAAGCUGGCUGAGAAACUGAUCAUAUUGAAUGACCGGGGUAUUGGGAUGCUUACUAGGAUUUACAAUAUCAAGAAGGCGUGUGGCGAUGCGAAGUCGAAGCCCGCUUUUUUGUCCGACAAGGCCUUGGAGUCAUCAAUCAAACACAUUGUAAGAAGAUUUCCCAACAUUGAUGUCAAAGGACUCCAAGCUAUCAACAACAUAAGAAAUGAAAUAAUCAAGUCCCUUUCACUGUAUUACUAUACUUUUGUUGAUUUGUUGGACUUCAAAGACAAUGUUGUUGAACUUUUAAAUAUUAUUAAUGCUUGCCAGGUAACAUUAGAUCUAACUUUGAAUUUUGAACUUACAAAAAACUAUUUAGAUUUGGUCACAACUUAUGUUUCUUUGAUGAUUUUGCUGUCCCGGGUUGAGGACCGGAAAGCAGUGCUGGGGCUUUUCAAUGCUGCACAUGAAAUGGUUCAUAACCAGAUAGAUCAAAGUUUCCCCCGUUUGGGUCAGCUGAUUGUUGACUAUGAUGCCCCACUCAAGAAGCUGUCUGAAGAAUUUAUACCCCACCAGAAGAUAUUGACCACUGCCUUGAACUCCCUGUGGCAUGUGUAUCCAGCUAGGAAUUUGACUGCUGAACAUUGGAGAUCAGAGCAGAAGUUAAGUUUAGUGAGCAACCCUGCUCAGCUCCCUAAACCUUCUGAAACAAAUACAAUGUCAUGUGAAUACAUCUCACUAGAAUGUCUUGAGAGAUAUGUCAUUUUUGGCCUAGCCCUUUGUCACCAGAUGCUGCAACAAGAACAUGCAAACAAAAUGUGGGUCAGUGCUUUGGAGUCAGGGUGGGUGGUUGCUUUGUUUAGAGAUGAAGUCAUUUACAUACACAGUUAUAUACAGGGCUUUUUUGAUGGAAUUAAGGGUUAUGGCAAAAGAAUAUCUGAGGUAAAGGAUUGCUACCAUCAUGCUGUGCAGAAAGCUGGGUACAAACAUAGAGAAAGGAGAAAAUUCUUGAGAACAGCAUUGAAAGAGCUGGGGCUUAUCCUGUCUGAUCAGCCUGGAUUGAUGGGCCCUAAAGCUUUGCUGGUGUUCAUUGGGCUCUGCUAUGCAAGAGAUGAAGUAUUCUGGCUCCUACGGCACAAUGAUAAUCCACCCCAAAAAGUUAAAGGAAAAGCAGCUGAAGACCUAGUGGACCGUCAGCUACCUGAACUGCUGUUCCACAUGGAAGAGUUGAGAGCUCUUGUUCGCAAAUAUACCCAAGUAAUGCAGAGAUAUUAUGUUCAAUAUUUAUCUGGUUAUGAUGCUGUUGCUUUGAACCUUAUGAUUCAAAAUCUGCAAGUGUGCCCAGAGGACGAGAGUGUUAUUCUUUCUUCACUCUGUAACACUGCUGCUAAUUUAAGUGUGAAGCAAGUUGAAGACAGUGAAAUUUUUGAUUUUAGAGCAUUUCGCUUGGAUUGGUUCCGAUUGCAAGCCUACACUUCACUUUCCAAAGCUCCAUUAAAUCUGGUGGACCAACGAGAGCUGGCACAGUACAUUGAUAAAAUGGUCUUCCAUACCAAAAUGAUUGACAACCUCGAUGAAAUGAUGGUUGAAACGUCAGAUUUGUCCCUUUUUUGCUUUUACAGCAAGAUAUUUGAAAGCCAAUUCCAUUUGUGCCUAGAGUUUCCAGCACAGAACAGAUACAUAAUUGCAUUCCCCCUGAUUUGCAGUCACUUCCAAAAUUGUACUCAUGAGUUAUGUCCUGAGGAAAGACACCACAUUCGGGAAAGAAGCCUGUCUGUUGUGAAUAUAUUCUUAGAGGAAAUGGCUAAAGAGGCAAAGAACAUUAUCACAACAAUAUGUGAUGAACAAUGCACAAUGAGUGAUAAACUGCUUCCUAAACAUUGUGCACAAACUAUUGCCCAUUUGGCCAACAGAAAAAAGAAAGAUAAGAAUAAGAAAAAUACCAUAGACUUUGUUAAGCCAGGAGCUGAGAGUUAUAGAAAGACAAGAGAAGAACUGACUACAAUGGAUAAACUACACAUGGCACUAACAGAACUUUGCUAUGCCAUCAAUUACUGCCAAACUGUCAAUGUGUGGGAGUAUACAUUUGCGCCCCGUGAAUAUUUACAUCAGCAUUUGGAAACUAGAUUUUCAAAAGCCUUGGUGGGAAUGGUUAUGUUUAACCAAGAUACAAGUGAAAUUGCCAAACCAUCUGAACUUCUAGUGAGUGUCAGAGCUUACAUGAAUGUGCUUCAGAGUGUUGAGAACUAUGUUCACAUAGAUAUCACAAGAGUCUUCAAUAAUUGUCUGUUACAACAAACACAAAGCAUUGACAGCUAUGGUGAAAAAACCAUAGCAUCCCUGUACACCCAAUGGUACUCUGAAAUAUUACUUCGAAGAGUAAGUGCUGGAAGCAUUUGCUUUUCAAUGAAUCAAAAAGCAUUUGUGAGUCUCACAGCUGAAGGGGCAAUCCCAUUUAAUGCUGAAGAAUAUUCAGACAUCAAUGAACUUCGCGCACUUGCCGAAUUGAUUGGCCCCUAUGGAAUGAAAUCUUUGAGUGAAACAUUAAUGUGGCAUAUAUCUAGCCAAGUGCAAGAACUCAAAAAGUUGGUAGUACAGAACAAAGAAGUACUUCAAAUGCUGCGCACCAACUUUGACAAACCAGAGAUAAUGAGAGAGCAAUUUAAAAGAUUGCAGCAUGUGGACAAUGUGCUCCAAAGGAUGACAAUAAUUGGUGUUAUUUUGAGCUUCCGUCAAAUAGCACAAGAAUCUCUUUUAGAUGUUUUGGAGAGAAGAAUUCCAUUCUUGAUCAGUUCCAUCAAAGAUUUCCAACAGCAACUGCCUAGUGGAGACCCGAUGCGCGUUAUUUCAGAGAUGUGCUCGGCCGCAGGACUGUCGUGCAAGGUCGACCCGACCUUGGCAUCGGCGCUACGGCAACAUAAAGCAGAAGCAGAGGAAGAGGAACAUUUGGUUGUUUGCUUACUAAUGGUGUUUGUUGCUGUUUCUCUACCCAGGCUGGCUCGCAGUGAAAGCUCGUUCUACAGACCAUCUCUGGAAGGUCACGCCAAUAACAUACAUUGCAUUGCACCAGCUAUCAAUCAUAUAUUUGGUGCGCUGUUCACGAUAUGCGGGCAGGGUGAUAUUGAGGACCGAAUGAAGGAGUUCCUGGCUUUAGCGUCGUCUUCUUUGCUGCGCCUCGGUCAGGAAACUGAUAAAGAAGCAAUAAAAAACAGAGAAUCGGUGUACUUGCUGCUAGAUUUAAUUGUACAAGAAUCUCCAUUCCUUACAAUGGACUUGCUGGAAUCAUGCUUUCCAUAUGUUUUAAUACGUAAUGCUUAUCACGAAGUUUAUAAGCAGGAACAGAUGCUUUUGCAUUCAUAAUUAACUGUAAAGAGCAAAAAAAGACAGGAUAUUAAUUGUCAUUAUUUGUAAUUGAUUUUAAUAAUGUUAAUUUUAUAUCCAUGUAUGUAUAGACACAUUUCCAAUGUAGUUAUUAAGAUGAUUUAUUUUCGACGAAAAUGCAUUUGAGAUUAAUAUUGAAAUAUUGUUCUUCUCGUACGUACAUACUAUGUUAUAUAGACAACUAAUUUGAAUUCAACACAGUAUUGUAUUCCAAAAACAUUUAUGUAGGUUUAAUGAGACUGGUAGAAUAUUCCGUUAAAAAUAUGAGAUGAUCCAAAACUUGUGAAACAACUAAAUAUCAAAGUACCUAAAGAAAUGCUUUGUUUUAUGGAAAUAAACAAUGUUUAUGAAAUUAUGUUAUAAGGAAUUUAUUUUGUAUAAGAGUUUAAAAUAUGUUUCCAUUUAUUGCGUUAGAUAUGAAAUAUUUUACCGACACACGUGAGCGCGAUUAGCGCUGCGUGUGGUCUUGACUAUUUAGGGCACUUUUGUCACAUUUUAUUACUAACAUUAAUCUAAAGUUAUUUAUAACCCACCUUUUAUAGAUUCAAGCCUCCUUACCAAAGACCUGCAGUUUAACCGAGUCGGUUCUUCUAAUGAGCCUGCUGAAUAAAUGGCGAUUAAGGAGCGUAUGAUAUCGUGCUUACGACCUUGAUGACCCCUCCCGCAACGAGUAGUUUAUCUGAAAUUCGACUCUGUUAAGCAGUAGGCCUUUAUAACCUUGUUUAUCGAAUAUGAGUAGCUGUGCGGGGUUAUUUUCAUUCAGCUAUUCUUCAGAUAAGCAAUGAUUAUUCAUAAUGGGAUAUUUAAAUGUAUCGUAGGUUAAUAAAAAGUACAUUUUAGGAAAGAUAAUUUUUAGUUAAAUACUAUUAAGUCUAUUAAAGUUUUUUUAAACAAGCUAGAUGUAGAAUGGAAGUAUUUUAUGUGCGAGAUUAUUAUAUUCACGACCUAAGUGCAAAAUAUUGGAUUUGUAAUCUAAUGUUUGCUAUUAAAUUCAAUAAGUAGUUAUUAAUAGAACACAUUGUCAUAAAGGAGAUGUGCUUGACUCAUAUAAAACUAUAUUCCAUAUCAUUAAUGAUGAAAUGUUUUCAAUUUAAAUAGGUUUAUGUAUGAGUAAUAUUAUUUAUACUUUGCUUGUAAGUACAUUAUGAGUUUGUCUAAGCAACACACAACAACUUAUUACAAUAAAGAAUAUUUAUGUGAAACUACCAUUUCACUUUUGUUAAUGUCUAUUGAGUCACUGAAGGUGUUAAUUACUGUUGUUUCAAUUAUUUAUGCUUCAAAUACCUACAACUAAGAAUUAUUUAUAUCAGUGGAUGUCCAAUUCGUCCCCACCAUAAGCAAAAUUGAAAAGAAGGGUUUUUUCGCUCUCUGCAGACAAUAACAUCUAUUAGGUUGCAGGUUUUCACAUUGUAAUCCGUGGUUGUUGAUUUCAAUUAACACUAUUACAACGACAAUACACAAUAUAGAAUUUUAUACGAGCUACCUAAACUUUUUUGCAUAAAAUGUGCUUUGUUAAGAGCUCUAGCAUGCUGAUUGAUAUAACGAAGUGUCCCGUUAAGCCUAGUCGCAGGUUACCGACUUUUAGUUGGCCGAUAGUUGGGUCGGGCUGUUGAUCAGUAUGGAGAUGUAUGAAAAUGCGCAAAUUAUACACCGAUUGGUAUCGGCCGAUUCUUCAUACAAAUUCGAAUCGGGCCCAUCUAUCGGCCAACUAAAAGUUGGUGGUCUGCGGCUAAAAGCAAAACUUCGCGCUCAGUUCACAACGAUGCAAUGUGUGUAGUGUGCUGAAUGAAUUU